GUCUAUGGUCCAGACUGAAGUUUGACAGUCCAGAGUUGAGGGGACUCUGUGUAAAUUAAAAGUGCUUUAACUUUGGUGGGCAUGUCGGGCAGCAGGCUGAUGAGAGCGAUCCGGGUCAGUGAGUUUGGAGGUCCGGCUGUGCUCAAACUCUGCUCCGAUAUGAACGUCCCCAAACCAGGACCUAAACAGGUCUUGAUCCGAGUUCAUGCCUGUGGGGUGAAUCCAGUGGAGACGUACAUUCGGAGUGGGACACACAUAAAAAAGCCUGCACUGCCAUACACGCCGGGGGGCGAUGUGUCCGGGGUGGUGCAGGAGGUGGGAGAGGGAGUGUCUGCCAUUAAGACAGGAGAUCGAGUUUUCACAACCUCCACAGUGACAGGAGGCUAUGCUGAGUUCACUGUUGCUGCUGAUGACUGUGUUUACAAACUGCCUGACAAUUUAGACUUCUCUCAAGGAGCUGCCAUAGGAGUCCCCUACUUCACUGCAUAUAGAGCUCUGGUUCACAAAGCAAGAGUUAAACCAGGGGAGACUGUGCUUGUCCAUGGAGCCAGUGGAGGAGUGGGUGUUGCAACAUGUCAACUGUCCCGUGCUCUUGGACUCAGAGUUUUGGGGACUGCAGGGACCCCAGAGGGACUCAAGCUGGUUCUUAACAAUGGGGCUCAUUUGGCUUUCAACCACAGAGAGGACGGGUACAUAGACAAAAUAAUGGAAGCAACUGGUGGCCAAGGAGUUAAUGUGAUUGUGGAGAUGCUUUCAAAUGUGAACCUUGAUAAAGAUCUGAAGAUUUUGGCCUACGGAGGACGAGUUACAGUGGUGGGGUCUCGAGGUCCCAUUGAGAUCAACCCCCGAGACACAAUGACCAAAGAGAGUUGCAUCAUGGGAGUGGCACUUUUUUAUGCAACACCUGAGGAGCAGUCGGAGUGUGCGGCGUUCCUCUUCUCGGGGAUGGAGGCCGGAUGGCUGAAGCCCACUGUGGGACCUCAGUAUUCGCUCCAAGAGGCACUCAGGCUCACCCACGACAUCAUCGAGUGUCCCGGGGCUUCUGGAAAAUGGUCCUCACCAUGAAUAAUAUUUUCCAUC